UUGGGGGCUCUUGUGUGUGUUUAAAUGCUUGAAAUGUGUCAAUUUUUAACCCAAAUAGUUUGCUUUUCAUCAGUUUAAGUGUUUCUAUAGACCCAGCCAAGGUUGGUGGCCAAGUUGGUACAGUCAAAAUGGCGCAAGGUUGCUCAUUCGACGCUGUGCUAAUCAGUCAAUGAGUAUUAGCUGCCUAGAUUUCGGAUUCAAAUCCUCGAAUCGUGGAGUUCUUUGCUAAGAGGGGGGUCUCACUAUCUCUCUGCCAGACACUGGCUGAACACACGGCGGUGUCAUGUCGGACUCGGAGGAGGACAGCCAGGACCGACAGCUUAAAAUUGUGGUCAUCGGCGACGGCGCUUGCGGGAAGACUUCACUCGCCACCAGGUUUGCUCAGGAGGCCUUUGGGAAGCAGUACAAACAAACCAUCGGCCUGGAUUUCUUUCUGAAGAGAAUAAGCCUUCCAGGCAAUUUGAACGUGACCCUGCAGGUGUGGGACAUUGGAGGCCAAACGUUAGGAGGGAAAAUGCUCGAUAAAUACGUGUACGGAGCUCACGGGGUUCUCCUUGUGUAUGACAUCACCAAUUACCAGAGCUUUGAGAAUCUAGAGGAUUGGUUCAGCAUGACGAAAAAGGCCAACGAGGAGUCCGACGUUCAGCCUGUCGUCUCCCUGGUCGGGAACAAAAUCGACCUGGAGCACAUGAGGACGGUGAAGUCCGACAAGCACCAGCGCUUUUGCCAAGAGAACGGCCUCAUCAGUCAGUUUGUGUCCGCCAAGACCGGGGACUCGGUGUAUCUUUGUUUCCAGAGGGUUGCGGCUGAGAUUCCAGGAGCAAGUCUGGGAAUCACCAGUGAUGGUUUUUUUGAGCUUGAAAGCCUUCCAAAGCGUAGUGUUGUUGUGGGUGCCGGUUACAUUGCUGUGGAAAUGGCAGGGAUCCUCACAAACCUGGGCUCGAAAACCUCCCUAAUCAUACGGCAGGGUGAGGUUUUGAGGAACUUCGACAGCUUUAUCAGCACAAACUGCACCAAAGAGCUACAGAACUCUGGCGUGGAUUUGCAGAAGAACGCUCGGGUGACAUCGGUGCGCAAAACCGACACGGGGUUGGAGGUGACGUUUGUCACAAAAGAUACAAGCAAGAGCAGCACUAUUUCAGAAGUGGACUGUGUUCUGUGGGCAAUCGGCAGGAAGCCCAACAUCUCUGGACUAAAUAUUGGCGAGAUGGGUGUCGACACCGAUGAACAUGGCCACAUCAUGGUGGAUGAAUACCAAAACACCAGUCGACCGGGAAUCUACGCCGUCGGAGAUGUUUGCGGCAGAGCUCUUCUCACGCCUGUUGCCAUCGCUGCUGGCAGGAAGCUGGCGCACAGACUGUUUGAGGGCAAGAAGGAUUCCAAGUUGGACUAUUCCAACAUUCCCACGGUGGUGUUCAGCCACCCACCCAUUGGCACAGUGGGACUCACAGAAGAGGAGGCAAUAAUAAGCAAAGGCAAAGAGAACGUUAAGAUCUACAAGACCUCCUUCACGCCGCUCUAUCAUGCCAUCACCACCCGCAAAACUUCUUGCAUCAUGAAGAUGGUGUGUGUGGGCAAGGAGGAGAAGAUUGUUGGUCUGCACAUGCAGGGUCUGGGCUGUGAUGAGAUGCUGCAGGGUUUCGCUGUGGCUGUCCAGCUUGGCGCGACCAAAGCAGAUUUUGAUAAGACUGUUGCCAUUCACCCAACCUCUGCUGAGGAGCUUGUCACCAUGCGUUAAUGGGACAAAGCUGGGGCUCAAAUGCACGUUCGUUCCACAAGAAAGUCCAUCUGAUGAAUUGCGUUAUAUAAUGACACUCAUUUUUACUCAUUUAAAUGACCCUUGUUGUGCACAACCUUCUUUCUUUUUCUUUCUGCCUUUUACCAAGACCGAGUUGUAGCUUUCUCAAAUUGCACUGUGGGUCUUUGAUUGAGUGGUAAUUACAAUGGACUCUAUUUUCAGUGAUGGAUGGCGUGAUUGCAUGGGAAGUCCAAAGACCUCAAUCUUAUUUUAUGUUUGAUCCGAAGUUAGUCAUUUGUCAAAACACUGCUCCCCGCAAAGGAACCCAUCUAGUACCAAUUACAAGUCAUGACACAUCUACUGUACUGUUGGAAAGAAUCAAUAAACAUUCAUUCAUUGUU